GAGACGCUCACGCCAAGGACCAGAACAUGCUUCGGAUCUUCUCUGAAAUAAAAAAUCAAGGACACCUUUAAAACAUGGCUGACGUUAAGACCCACCGACUUGGAGCAACUGUAUCUCUUAUAUUUCUCAUUUUCCUCACCUGUGGAGCUGAAGCAGCUUCUUUUCAGCGAAACCAACUGCUUCAGAAAGAACCAGAACUCCGAUUGGAAAAUGUCCAAAGGUUUCCCAGUCCGGAAAUGAUCAGGGCUUUGGAGUACAUAGAAAAACUCCGGCAACAAGCUCACAAAGAAGAAAGCAGCCCAGACUAUAAUCCCUAUCAAGGUGUACCUGCUCUCCUUCAGCCCAAAGAAAAUGGUGAUGAAAGUCACUUACCAGAAAGUUCUAGGGAUUCACUGAGUGAAGAUGAGUGGAUGAGGAUAAUACUGGAAGCUUUGAGACAGGCUGAAAAUGAACCUCAGUCUGCACCAAAAGAAAACAAGCUUUAUGCUUUGAAUUCAGAAAAGAGCUUUCCAGUGGACACGCCUGAUGAUUAUGAGACACAACAAUGGCCAGAGAGGAAACUUAAGCACAUGCGAUUCCCUCCUAUGUAUGAAGAGAAUUCCAGGGACAACCCAUUCAAACGCACAAAUGAAAUAGUAGAGGAACAGUAUACACCUCAAAGUCUUGCUACAUUGGAAUCUGUCUUCCAAGAGCUGGGGAAACUGACAGGACCCAACACCCAGAAGCGUGAAAGGGUUGACGAGGAUCAGAAACUUUACACAGAUGAUGAAGAUGAUAUCUACAAGGCCAAUAACAUCGCCUAUGAAGAUGUGGUUGGGGGAGAAGACUGGAGCCCAGUAGAGGACAAAUCAGAGAGUCAAGCCCAGGAAGAGGUGAGAGAUAGCAGAGAGAACAUAGAAAAAAAUGAACAAAUCAAUGAUGAAAUGAAACGUUCAGUGAAGCUGGGGUUGCAGGAUGAAGAUCUCCAGAAAGAGGGGAAAGAUCAGCUCUCAGAUGAUGUCUCCAAAGUAAUUGCCUAUCUGAAAAGGUUAGUGACUGCUGCAGGAAGUGGGAGGUCACAGAAUGGGCAGAAUGGGGAAAGAGCGACCAGGCUUUUUGAGAAACCACUUGAUUCUCAGUCCAUUUAUCAGCUGAUUGAAAUCUCAAGAAAUUUGCAGAUACCCCCUGAAGAUUUAAUUGACAUGCUCAAAACUGGGGAAAAGCCAAAUGGGUUGGUGGAACCAGAGCAGGAGCUGGAACUGCCCAUUGACCUGGAUGACAUCUCGGAGGCUGACUUAGACCACCCAGAUGUGUUCCAAACUAAGAUGCUCUCCAAGAGUGGCUACCCCAAAACUCCUGGUCGUGCUGUGACAGAGACCCUACCAGAUGGACUCAGUGUUGAGGACAUUUUAAAUCUUUUGGGUGUGGAGAGUCCAGCAAAUCAGAAACCUCCAUAUUUUCCCAAUCAAUAUAAUCGAGAGAAGGUCCUGUCAAGCCUUCCCUAUGGUCCUGGAAGGUCUAGAGUGAACCCGAUUCCCAAAGCUGCCUGGGGGCCAGAUGCUGAAAACAGACAAGCAGCUUAUGAGAACUUGAAUGACAAGGAUCAAGAUUUAGGAGAGUACUUGGCCAGGAUGCUAAUUAAAUACCCUGAGAUCAUGAAUUCAAACCAGAUGAAGCGAAUUCCCAAUCAAGGCUCAUCUGAAGAUGACAUCCAGGAAGAGGAUCAAAUUGAGCAGGCCAUAAAAGAGCAUUUGAAUCAAGGCAGCUCUCAGGAGACUGAUAAAGUGGCUCCAGUUAGCAAAAGGUUCCCUGCAGGGCCCCCACAGAAUGAUGACACCCCACCUAGGCAGUACUUGGAUGAAGAUCUGUUAAUGAAAGUGCUGGAAUACCUCAACCAAGAGAAGGCAGAAAAGGGAAAAGAGCACAUCACUAAGAGAGCAAUGGAAAAUAUGUAAGCAGCUUUCAUUAAUGGCCCUAAUUUCACCCCUCCCAUCCCAACCAUUUCUCUUUAGUGUGUUGACUUCUAUCCUGUUAACACUGUAAUAUCUUUAAAUGAUGUACAAGCAGAUGAUUCCAGUCACUGGAGAGUCUGCUUUACUUACUCUGAGCUGUUCUCUUGUGUAUGGAUAUGUGUAAAUGUUAUGAUUCAUGGAUAAAAAUUAUUAUGUCCCUUAUUAAGAAAGAUAAUUCAUGAUGGUGUUUAAUAGUGUGUCUAAUGGCUGUGGCAUUGUUGAUGCUCUCAUAUGAAAAAGAGUGUCCUAUAAUUCUCUUGAAAGUUUUUAAUAUUUAUUGAAUUAUUUUGUUACU